AUGACAGAUGCCAAUGAUGAUACAUCAGCUAGGACAGAUGCCAAUGGUGAUACCUCAGCUAGGGCAGAAGCCAAUGGUGAUACCUCAGCUAGUACAGAUGCCAAUGGUGAUACCUCAGCUAUGACAGAUGCCAAUGGUGAUACCUCAGCUAUGACAGAUGCCAAUAGUGAUACCUCAGCUAUGACAGAUGCCAAUGGUGAUACCUCAGCAAGGGCAGAUGCCAUUGAUGAUACCUCAGCUAGGACAGAUGCCAAUGAUGAUACCUCAACUAGGACAGAUGCCAAUGGUGACACCUCAGCUAGGGCAGAAGCCAAUGGUGAUACCUCAGCUAGGGCAGAUGUCAAUUGUGACACCUCCGCUAGGGCAGAUGCCAAUGGUGAUACCUCAGCUAGGGCAGAUGCCAAUGAUGAUACCUCCGCUAGGGCAGAUGCCAAUGAUGAUACCUCAGUUAGGACAGAUGCCAAUGAUGAUACCUCAGCUAGGGCAGAUGCCAUUGAUGAUACCUCAGCUAUGACAGAUGCCAAUGACGAUACAUCAGCUAGGACAGAUGCCAAUGGUAAUACCUCAGCUAGGGCAGAAGCCAAUGGUGAUACCUCAGCUAGUACAGAUGCCAAUGGUGAUACCUCAGCUAUGACAGAUGCCAAUGCAAAGGCAAAUGCCAUUGAUGAUACCUCAGCUAGGACAGAUGCCAAUGAUGAUACCUUAACUAGGACAGAUGCUAAUGGUGACACCUCAUCUAGGGCAGAAGCCAAUGGUGAUACCUCAGCUAGGGCAGAUGUCAAUUGUGACACCUCCGCUAGGGCAGAUGCCAAUGGUGAUACCUCAGCUAGGGCAGAUGCCAAUGGUGAUACCUCAGCUAGUACAGAUGCCAAUGGUGAUACCUCAGCUAUGUCAGAUGCCAAUGGUGAUACCUCGGCUAGGGCAGAUGCCAAUGGUGAUACCUCAGCUAGGGCAGAUGCUAAUGGUGAUACCUCAGCUAUGACAGAUGCCAAUAGUGAUACCUCCGCUAGGGCAAAUUCCAACGGUGAUACCUCAGCUAGGACAGAUGCCAAUGAUGAUACCUCAGCUAGAGCAGAUGCCAAUGAUAAUACCUCAGCUAGGACAGAUGCCAUUGAUGAUACCUCAUCUAGGACAGAUGCCAAUGAUGAUACCUCAGCUAGGACAGAUGCCAAUGACAAUACCUUAACUAGAACAGAUGCCAAUGAUGAUACCUCAGCUAGGGCAGAUGCCAAUGACGAUACCUUAACUAGAAUAGAUGCCAAUGAUGAUAAAACUUAA